UCGCUAAUUUAUGCUAAUUGACUGUCUUUGCCUGAGUUUUUAAUGACAAGUUACUGUAGCAGUGCGGCCCCUGGUGGUGAGUGCGUGACAACUCAAAAGGGGAUUAGCCAAAAUGUGGCUAAGCUAAUGGAUGCGUUGUCCCAAUGUGAUCGAAUAGGAACUCCCCUGCACAUGGUCUUUUAUUAUUAUUUUUGACACCCCCCCCCCCCCCCGUCCCUUUCCAGACUCCCAGUGUGGACCAACAGCGUGUCUUCUUCCGAGCUACACUUCAGUUAGCGUCUUUUGUCUUUCAUCACCUCGCCGUGUUUUACCGCCACCGAGAUAUUCCUCACCACACUAUUCAGAUCAAAUGAAUCGAACAAUCAAAAAAACAGUUCUCUCUGCGAGCUUUUCAGGCCAUGUUGACAUGUUAGAAGAGGAAGUGAGCAGAGGAGGUAAUCGAGUGGCGUUAGCAUCUUCAAUCUGGCUUCAAAGUCCUCUGUUCACAACAAAGUCAUCAAUUAGUCCUGUCAAGCUGAUGAGAACACAAACAGGAAGGAAGAAGCCUGCCAAAGUAAACAAAAUUAAGCACGGCCUUCUGUGUCCAUUAAAUGUAAAAUAUGACACAAACCACUCAGCAAGUAGCGUAAGAUCUCAACGUGGCACGAGAAGUUAUUACACGACAUAGAAAUCAAAGUUUACGAGAAGGUGGCCAGUAGUCCUUCGAAGCCAGCAGUAAUGGGAACACAAACCGCAAGUAAAAAAGGCUUUCAGUGUCUGCUUACCGCUAGUUUGCUAACGCUAGCUUGCUUAACCAUUCGGUGGCGAGCACAUAAAGCUAACCUAGCAGCCAAAAAUGGGGUCAGACGUCCUGUCGGUGAUCCUGUCAAGCCAACAGGAAUGGGAACAAAACCGGGAAGUAUAAAUCUGCCAAAAUUAAGGAUGCGUAACAUAGCCUUUCCUGUCUGCGAAAUGCUAAAAGUGGAGCGUCUCGAGCUCCUCGGCAAUUGCCCUGACACUUCUUUGUGCCAUCUACCCUGCCUCUGAACUAUGACCGCUGACACGCUGUAGCAUUUAGCGUCAGUUUUCAUUGAACAAUUUUGUUUCCUCCUCCCGGGUGGUUCUUUCGGUCAGGUCCGAAGACAAGUAAUAUUCAUAAUGCUGACGCAAGCACGUCUUCUUAGCAUUAACGUAGCAUCUUGGGUUUCCCGUAUUUGCACUGAGCACGUCAAUAUAUAUCCUUGAAAGCGCACUCGGCUGUUUGUUGGCGUUCUGGAGCCUUGUUUGAUUGUCCAGGGCGCUGCCUUUUUUCCCCCCAAUGUCGGCUUGAAGCGAAAUGCUUGGAAGUUGUGAAAAAAUGGAAUUCCUUUGCCUCUGUCUUCACGUGCUCCGUCACGCUUUUUCGUGCCACCUAACCUUCUGUAAAUGACCUCUGACACAUUUUCGCUUUUGGCUUUAGCGUUGCCACCGGUGAUUUAUUUCGUCACGUAAUAAUCCGACGUGACCCAAAACGUCGUAACGCUAACAUAACCACAGGUACUUAGCGUUAGCAUAGCAUCUUUGGUUUAGUGCGUAGGUCGAUUAACGGAACACCAUGUCCUCUAAAAAGCGCACGCCGCCAUCCGCUGGUGCUCCGUGGCCUUGCUAGAUUGCCCAACUUUGGUUUUUUGUUUUUUUUUUCAGGGGUGGGGUGGGGCUAGCCACUUCCUGUUUAGAAUCUUCCAACCAAUGGGAGGAGAGCGCGAUCUCUUGGUUGAGCCAUAGUGGGAAAUCUACUAGCUACAUAUGAUACUGCUGAGUAAACUGAGUCCAUGGUUGUUUUGUACUUUUGCAGUUCUCUCAGAGCAAGCGCGUCACCCCCGCCCACAUUGGGUGGCCCCACCAAUGUCGCCCCCAUCAUAGCUUGCGAAAACGUCUCAGACUCUUCACACCUUAACCAUCGGCCAGAAACUGCAGCCAACGGUUUCUCCCCAGCACGUAUUCUGCGUGUUUUCUUUUCGUCACGCUUGCCUCUCCGACGCUGGGACUCCCCCAAAGCCCCUUUCCAUGUCCAUGCCUUCAUGUUUGUGAUUUGAUACCGCAGUGUCUUUCGCCUGUUUCAUACGGAGAGCUCGCAAAAUGGUUCGGCGUGAGACGUGAACGGUUGGGGUCUUCCCUGCCCCGACCCGGCCUUACCUUUUUCUACAAACCCACCUCUCUUACGGUUCUGAUACGACCUCCGACGCGCGCAUCCAACAGUCGUCGGACGGUGACGAUCGCUUUCGACACAACAGCGCGUGGGGAAGCGAGUGUCGGGUCUUCCCGCCCGCCGCCUUACACUUUUUACGCAGUCCCACCUUUGUUACGGUUGUACUACCUCUUCUUCUUUUCCUUUCGGCUUGUCCCGUUAGGGGUCGCCACAGCGUGUCAUCUUUUGCCAUCUUAGCCUAUCUCCUGCAUCUUCCUCUCUAACCCCAACCCCCGUAAACGGUUGUACUACCUCCAUAGCCGGAAUAUUGCCGAAUAGAUUUCCCCCCCCCCCCUCUCGUAAUGCGUUGGUACUGAAAUUAGAAAAGACUCAGCACCCGUCAUCCGAUAUUGUACCUACAACUGGACUUGAAUCCUCUUUAUUAAUAUUGAAUUGUUUGGGGGUUUUUUCCAUGUCGGUUUACGAGUUCCGUUACGAGCGCGAACGUGCGCUAAGAUACGAGCCACUCCGUGCGUUCCUGGCGGCCAUUUUGUGGUUAAAAACAUCAAAUUAUGUACAGUUAACAUGUCCAGUUGUGGUCGGAGGGUUUUUCCUGCCUCAAAAUGAGGCCACAGCGUGUGUGUGUGUGUGUGUGUGUGUGUGUUUUAUUGUGGUUGAACAUUUUCUCAAAAUAUGCAACCUACCUUGAAAACUGUCUGUGUACUUAUUAUCUGUGAGAUUAGUUUAUUUUUGUUUGCCAAACAAAACAAUAUUGACAUAUUUGAGAAGUCACUGAAGCGUCCUGUCACUUUGGCAUUCGGCACGAAAGAACAACUUGUACAAUUUUAGGAGUGGCCGAUUCGUAAUAUCCGAGUUGCAAUUCAAAAUAAGCCAACUCGUGCUACGCUGGUCCAGCAGGUAACCGUUUUUCAUCACGGCAAAGCAUUAAGGUGGCCAAAAAUGAGGCAGAUUUUCUAUACAUUCCUGCAGGAAAAAUCCUGCAGGAAUGUGCGCACAACCACAGUCGAUUCUAAUCAGAUCUCAUUGCGAUAAUCAGAUAAUAACGGAUCCAUUAAUUGUGUUUGUAAUGUUGAAAGUGGUUGCGUGACGAUUUCUGUGUUAGCAUCAAUGCUAACACAACAAACUUGGGACCACGUCUGUAUCUAUAAACAUCUGUUUUGCCCGACCGACAGCUAUUUGGCUAUGCAGUUAGCGUCUUGACGUCGGGAAGCCAUUUGAGCGUUUAUUUGAAAUCUUCCAUAUCCAUUUAAGGUCGAAGUACUGUAGUAGUGCUGAAAAAAAAAAAAAAAUAAGGGCCACUUGGAUAUGCAAGUGUGACAAUGGGAGAGGAAGGAGUUUCCUCUCCUCCUUUUUGUCAUGUUGUACUUUAUUUGAAGGCCAUCUGAGGUUGUUUGUUUUUUCCCUUUUAACAAAUGUGUCACGACAAGCGCUAUGCUGUACAUCCGCGCCGACGUUACUCGCGCAACCUGAAAAAGCUUUUUUUUUUUUUUGGCAUUUAAAUUCCCCAUUGGUUGUUCAACAAACAAGUCCAACUUUUAAGUUUCAAGCGACACUGAGGAGAAAAAGUUGAUUCAAUAUCAAUGAUUGUCCAGAACGUUUGACGUGUUUAGUUAUGUGUGUGUACGUUUGGGUGUGUUUGUUACCCGCACUGAGGUUGAUGUAAAUAUGAUUUUGUGUGUUUGUAAUAUUCACACAGGUUAUUGUAAAUAUGAAUAAUAAUGAUCUUUUCCACACCAGCAUCCUGUCUUUCGUUUUAACAUGGGCAGAUUUCACAAACAUCUCCUGUAUGGCGUUAUUUGCAGAUUGAUUGAUGUGAUGGAAGAACAUCAUUUAGCGUGUGUGAUGACGAGCGGGGAAGUCGUGAAAACUUAUGAUGUGAUAUUGCAAUAUUUUUUGACAAUACCAAUAUUACAAUAGAAAAGGGGAUCACGAUACAGAAAUGGCAUUAAUUGGAUGAAAUAACGGAUGCAUUUCAACUUCUGGAUUUUUCCUGCAGCACAAAUUCCAUCGCGGAUUUUAUGAUGAAAUUAUAUAUUGGAAGAAAACAAUGUGACGCAUUUUUACAACUGCACUGAAGAUACAGCAAUGUUUUGGAUAUCAUCGAAUACAAUUAUGUAACCGCUCUAAUGUUUUUUGAAUGAUAUCAAUGGCGUCACGACGGAGCCAUCGCGCACUAAAUGUUAUGUUGGUGACGUCACAAUCUUGAUGUAACAAACGAAAGAGCAACAAUAUUUCGCAAUGACGGUUCAGCUGUAUAACUUGAGCAUUUAUUUUGGGGGUUGUUAAGUAAACAAAUGAAUCUUGUUUGUUGAAGUUUGAGAUGUUUGUGAAAGCUGCCGCUGGUUGAUCAUUUCUGCUGCUUUUAACACACGAGAGAAAGAAAAAAAAAAACACGCCACGUGCAACGUGGACGUCAUGAUGUGAACAAGACUUUUUUUUUUUUCUGGAAAGGAAUAAAAAAAAAAAAAAGUCCCUCCCAAGUGGUCGAGUCCCUUUUCUCGUCCUUCUUUGAAGCGUGUUCGGCAUGUGGGCGUGAAGAAAGUCAGAAAAGAGGCGAAGCGAGCACGUCGCGUGUCGCGUUGAGAAGAAAGCGGACAUUCCCCCCCCGCGUGCAGGAUUGAAUAUACGUUAUUUGCUCGGCCGCGAGUCUUGCAGAACACCUUGACGGGGUCGCGGCAGGCGGAGCGAGACUUUCUGGAGGCCUGUCGCUCGGAAAACAAUAGGACCAGGAACUGGAGGAGGGAACGUCACGAAUCUUCUUUAGAUCCGGCGCAGCUUGACAAAAGUGGCGAAGAAUGCACAAGAGCUGGGACGACGUCGUCAGGUGAGGCCGAGGGGGAGGGACCGCCGAUGACAACGCGCCCCGCGAUUGGUCGCGAGCCAUGGCUGUCAACGUGCGCGAGAACCCCCGCCCGGGCCGCGACCAGGUGACCCGGGAUGGCGGCUGGGGCUGGAUCAUCGUCGCCGCCUGCUUCCUAGCAACCGUCUGCACGCGUGCGGUCACCAGGUGCGUUUCGAUGUUCUUUGUGGAGUUCCAGCUCCACUUUGAGCGAGAUUAUUCCACCACGGCUUGGAUCCACAGUCUCAUUGAUUGCACCACCAUGCUCUGCGCCCCUCUGGGCGGUUUCCUGGGCAACCGUCUGUCGUGCAGAGCCACGGUGACGCUCGGGGGUCUCCUGUCCUCGGCGGGUUUGGUCCUCGGCUGCUUCGCCUCCAGUCUGGAACAUCUCUACGUCUCGCUGGGAAUCCUUACAGGUUUGGGCUUUGCUCUGUGCUACACGCCGUCCAUCGCCAUGGUCGGUCGAUACUUCAGCGAGAAGAAAGCGCUGGCGUACGGCAUCGCCCAGUCCGGUAUUUCCGUCCUUGCGCUCUCCCACCUCGCCGCCGCCGUCGUCGUCGUCGUCAUCGCGUUCGCGUUCUGCCGCGCAGGCUGCGGCAUCGGGACCUUCAUCCUGGCUCCGGUGGUCCAGCUGCUCAUCGAGCGUUACUCUUGGAGGGGGGCCAUGCUGGUCCUGGGGGGGUUCGUCUCCAACUUGUGCGUGUGCGCAGCUUUGAUGAGGCCGCUGGGGGUGGCGCCAGUCAAGAAGCCAAGAAUGUCUCUUGAGUCCAAAGACUCCAAAAAAGAACCCAAAGAGAGACCAGUAAAGGAGCAAGAAAUGAGUAACCUUAGCCGCGCCCAAGGACCUGUGAUCGCUAACGGAGGGCUGAGAAACUGCCAACUGGAAAACGGCAAGCAGGCCGAGGCUUCCGCGCCGGCUCUCCUGACCGGCAGGCCUGGCGCCCGGCUCGCGGAUCUUAAGCUAGCCGAGGGCCUUUUGUUUAGCAACAAACCAACGGCGGCCGCGCUCGGGGAGCUAGCCGACACGAAGACGGCUAACGCCGUGGAGUGUCCUCGCCUAAGCAGCAAAACGGUCACCACAAAGACAGAAGUUGUGCUUUCCGAACCCUCAGCUGGAGCUGACGUCGACAGAGGUCGUUGUGACUGCCUGCAGCCAGGAAAGGACUUUGGCUUCUUGGGGUUUCCCAACUUCCUGGUCCUGGCAUUGUCCCUCCUGUUCCUGGCGUACGGUUGUAGUACUCCGGUGGUCUACCUGGUUCCUUACGCCCUGGACAAGGGAUUGGAGCACAAGCAGGCCGCCUUCAUCAUGUCCACGUUUGGAAUUAGCGGGAUCGUGGGCAACAUCACCUUUGGUUGGAUCACAGACAGGAAGUAUCUGAUCCGGUAUCGCAUGCUAAGCUACAUUGUAGCGCUGGCGGUGGCGGGCCUGAGCUGUCUGUGUGUCCCGCUGGUCCACUCCUUGGCCCCCCUGACCACGUUUGCCGCGGUCUACGGCUACUUCGACGGCGCCUACGUGGCCCUCCUCCCCGUGGUCACCUCGGAAGCCGUGGGCUCCGCCUACCUCACCUCUGCCCUGGGCGUGGUCUACUUCCUGCACGCCGUGCCUUACCUCGUCAGCCCACCCAUCGGCGGUUGGUUGGUGGACGUGACUGAAAAUUACACGGCGACCUUCUUGGUCAGCGGCGCUUCGUUUAUAUGCAGCGCUGCCAUUCUGGCGGUGGCCAUGUUGGUCCGAUGGGCCCGUUGGUCCUGCCCCGAACGCGCCGCCACCUCCGCCCACGCUGUUUGUGAUCAGGAUGUCAUCUAAGCGUCCUGAUGCGCGUAUUUGUUUGUGGUAAACACUCUUAAGAAGAAGAAAAAAAAGUUUUUUUUUUUUUUAACAAUUGUUUGACAUUUUUGUACAUGCAACUGUGAAACAAAACGAUACCGGACGUCAAAAUAUCGCUGGUUGACAUUUGUGAAUUGAUACUGAAUUGUGAAGGAUGACGAUUCAACAUAUCAAAAUACAAUAUGUGAUACUGUUGUAUUAAUACUAAACUGUGAGGAAUAACGAUACAACACAUCAGAUUAUUGAUAUUUGAUACCAGCGCAUCGAUACGAUAUGUCACGUAAAAAUAACAGUGUGAGACACGGUACUAUUAUUAUUAAGUGAUAGCAUUACAUGAACUAUGCAAUAUUUUAUGCUUGUGCAUCGAUACUGGAAUGUGACCAAUAACUAUACAAGUCAUCAAAAUAUAUUUUUGAUAUUGAUGUCACGAUAUGACGCCGCCGAGUCUUGAUAUAUGAUACUUGUGUAUUGUACUGUGAACCAUUAGGAUGCGACAAAUAAAAUAUGUAAAAUUAGUAUCUUGAUACAAAUUUGUGAGAAAUAACACAAAACAGAGAAUUUGUAUUGACAUUUCUACAAGAUCUUAGAUUUAUGUACUGUACUGUUCAUGUAUGUUGUUUAAAAAAAAAAAAAAACUGACCAAACAUGGUGCAAUUCAAAAAUA